AUGCAUCAAAAUAAAAAUGUUGCUCAACAAACUAGUUCCCCAUCAGUUUCACCUGGAACUAGAGUACAACAGAUCAUAGAAAGGUCUUCAAUACAGCAAAAAAGAGUAGAUGAAAUUAAAAAACAACUUAUUUUUGGGGAGACCAUCAAGGACCAGCUGUCAGAGAGUUAUAAAUCGUUAAGCCCAAAAGAAAAUAGGGUAUUUAGGAAAAUAAUGGAUGGAAAAAUUAUUAAGAAGUACAAGCUUCAGCGAACGUGUUCCAAAGUUUUUCGAUAUACAAAAACAAGAGUAGUGGAAUACAGCCAUAGGAGUGUAGAUGUUAAGUAUCAGAAAAACCGAAGAGCAUCUGAAAAUAGGAAUAAAAUUGUGGCGUUCUUACAGGAAGAUGUUAAUAGCCGGAUUUGCCCCGGUAAGAAAGACUAUGUUACAAAGAAUAAAUUCACCUAUCAAAAAACAUAUUUAACAAACACUUUGAAGAAUUUGUUCAAAGAGUUUUGUAAAAAAUACGCCGAUGUCAAGUACGAUCCUGGUAACGUUGUAUCAUAUAGUCAGUGGAAAAACAUAAAACAAACUUAUUUCAGCAAACGAUCACAAAACAACGUUACCAGUUUGAAAAUUGCUAAAAUUAGUCAACAGAUAGAAAUAUCGGAUCUUUUGACCAAAUUUGAAGAUAGGUUGCCUCUUUUUUUGGCACACGAGGGACGCAUUUUUCACCAAUACAAAGCAAUCAAGACACUGAAACAGAACAUGACAAAUGAGGAAAUACUCAUUCACUGUGACUUUUCUGAGAAUUAUAAUCUAAAGUACGCAGAAGAAGUCCAGUCUUAUCAUUUUGGAGGAUCAAGGCAACAGAUUACGUUGCAUACUGUGGUAAUUUAUAGCCGAGCACACGAAAACGACUUGAAGGUUGACAGUUUUUGUACAUUAUCAGAGUCGUUGGAGCAUGGUCCCGGUGCCAUAUGGGCUCAUCUGUUUCCACUGAUCAAACUCUAUAUUGAUAAUGGGGUAAAAUUGUUGCAUUUUCUUAGCGACAGCCCCAGUACACAAUACCGCAACAAGAAAAUGUUUGCAUUCAUUACAAAUGGCAUCUAUAGCUACUUUCCGGAACUACAAUCGGUUACCUGGAACUACCAUGAGGCCGGACAUGGUAAAGGUGCCCCGGACGGCAUUGGUGGAGUUUGUAAAAGGACUGCAGACCGUAUUGUUGCUCAGGGAUCUGAUGUGAGUUCUUUCAGCCAAUUGGUUGAAAUCCUGAAAGCCAACUGCUCAGGCAAAUCCUUUUUGGAGAUUCAUGCUUGUGAAAUUGAAAAUUUUUCAGAUGCUAUAAAUAAAGCUGAGGUUCUGCCAUUGAAAGGAACUUUGAAGGUUCGUCAAGUAAGAUCUCUAAGCGACCACAACACACUAUCUCUAAGUGUGAGGCCUGAAUAUCUUGCUACUGGAACAUCUUUUCGAGCACUGGCUUUUAGUUUUCGAAUGGGGAAAACAACAGUAGCCGACAUUGUUUAUGCAACUUGUUCAGCUAUAUGGCAGCAAUUGGUUGAAGUACAUAUGGCACGGCCAACGCAAGAGGACUUCAAAAAUAUAGCAAAUGACUAUUACAGACUAUGGCAGUUCCCUAUGUGUUUAGGAUCUAUUGACGGCAAACACUGCAGAAUGAUGUGUCCCGCUAAGUCUGGCUCUUCGUUUUACAAUUACAAGCAAUAUUUUUCCAUAAUACUACAAGGUGUGGCGGAUGCAAAUAAACGAUUUAUCUCCAUAGAAGUAGGAGGAAAAGGCAAACAAAGUGAUGGAGGGACUUUUCAUUAUUCAACGUUGAACAGUUUGAUGGAAAAUGGAGGACUACAUAUUCCUCCACCCGAUAAUUUACCAGGGACCACAUUAGAAUCUCCUUAUGUUUUUCUGGGAGAUGAAGCCUACCCUUUGAAAAUACAUUUAAUGCGGCCGUUUCCAUCAAGAAACCUGAAUGAUAAAAAUGAGUAUUUCAAUAAACGUCUCUCACGUGCACGAAAAUGUAUUGAAUGUGCUUUUGGUAUUUUAUACGCAAAAUGGCGUAUUUUCAGUAAGCCGAUCGAAACAAAUGUAGAACACGCAUGUUUAAUAAUAAAAACCGCUUGCCUUCUACACAAUGUCAUACGUGAUCUCGAAGGAAAUGAUUGUAAUUCUCAAAACUAUGACACAAAUCUGACUCCUGGGGCACAUUAUGCUGAUCUCAAUAGAAGAAACAACAGUUCUUCUCAGGCCGCGAGAAAUAUACGGAACCAAUUCGCUAACUACUUUUGA